CGGCGGUCGUGAUGAUGGCUGCGCCUGGGGGGCUGCGGGUGAACGCGGCCUUCGCAGAGCGUUACGGCCGGUACCGGCGGCGGGAGGAGCUGCAGCGGCUGCAGGACCGCUACGGGGACGCGGGCGACAGCGCGGAGUCCAGCUCCGAGUCGGAGGACGAAGAGGAGGCGGCGAGGCAGGAUCUGGAGGCCGACAGCACCUUUUACCGAACGCUGGCCUUGCUGAAGACUAAGGACCCCCGCAUCUACCAGCAGGACAACGGCCUGGGCUCCCCGGAAGGGUCCUCAUCAGGAAGUGAGGAUGAGAAACCACGUUCGAAGAAGAAGAAGAAAGAGAAGCCCAUGUACUUGAAGGACUAUGAAAGGAGGGUCGUCUUGGAGAAGGGAGGCAAGUACGUGGAUGAAGAUGAAGACGGAGUAGCAGUCAAAAACCAGUUGGCUCAUGCAAUCGCUUUUGUACACGUCCUGCCUGCAGAGAGCAAGUGGCAUUGUAACCCAUACUAUACGGAUGCUAUUAAAUCCGUUGAUGAGAAGAAACGUGGCCAGGAAGACCAAGGAUUUGUUCUUCUCCAAUCCUUCAGCUUCCAGAAGUUUCUGGCUGACAGCGAUGAAGAAGAGCAAGGAGAAGGGGGCAGUUCCCCAGGCCUGCUGCGUAAACGGGCCAAGAGCAAGGAGGAGAAGGAGCGUGAAACGGCAGAUUAUAUCAGCUGGCUGAAAGGUCAGGAGAAACUGCCGACGGAGGAGGCCGUUCAGGAUCUGGCGCCCCUGAGAGAAUAUUGGAAUGACCCGAGACUGGAUGAGAAGGAGCGCUUCUUGCGAGAUUACAUCCUGAAUGAGCGCUACAAGGAAGAAGGAGAGGAGGAAAGGCAGCCGGCAGUGUCCGACUCCUCCGACGAGGGCGAGCUCUUUCUCAAGAAGCAAGAGGACUUUGAACGCAAGUACAACUUCCGCUUCGAGGAGCCUCAGGCCCAGCUGCUGCAGUCGCACCCCCGCGUUAUCGCAACCUCCGUGCGACAGAAAGAUGAGCGCCGGAAGGAGAAGCGCUCGGAGAUCCGUGAGCGCAAGAGGAAGGCCAGGGAGCGGAAGCAGGAGGAGCUGAAGCAGCUGAAGAACCUGAAGCGUCAGGAGAUCCUUCAGCAACUGGAGAAGCUGCGUGAGAUCACGGGCAGCGAGACCCUCCCCUUCCAGGAGGAGCACCUGGAGGCGGACUUUGACCCCGCCCAGCACGACCGGCUCAUGGAGGAACUCUUUGGAGACGAGUAUUAUGGCAUCGACGAGACAGAGAAGCCCCAGUUUGAAGCCGAGGAUGGAAGCGACGACGAGUGGAAUUGGGAUAAGUGGACCGGAAAGGAGGGCCCCGAGUCCGAAGCGGAGGCUUCCCUGCAGCAGACGGAGGAGCACCAGCCGCACUGCGAGGAUCCCGACUUUGUGAUGGAUGCUGACUACGACCCCACCCAGCAGCCUGCUUCUUCAAAAAAGAAACGGAAGGUGGAGAUCCCGCUGCUAGGCAAGAAGAAGCGCCAGUCGUGGUUUGCAAAAGCCCUCCAGAAAGAGAAGAAACCCUUUGACCCGGCGGCUGGGACGUUUGAGAAGUACCUGGACGAGUUCUACCGCCUCGACUACGAGGACCUGAUCGGAGACAUGCCGUGUCGCUUCAAGUACCGCAACGUGCUUCCCUGCAGCUACGGCCUCUCCACCGAGGAGAUCUUGGCCUCUGACGACAAGGAGCUGAACAGCUGGUGUUCUCUGCGGAAGACCUGCAUGUACAGGUCCGAGAAGGAAGAGCUGCACGACAUGAGGACCUACGAGGGGAAAGGCCGAAACAACACCUGGAAGAAGCAGCAGAUUCUGAAAUCCCUCUGGGCAGACGUGGGAGAAGCCGAGGGCGUCAAGGCGGCACCUCCAGGCAAGAAAGGGAAGAAGAGCCAGGAGAAGACCAAACGUCCAGAGCUGCCUCCUGAAGAGGUGUCCCCCGUCAGUCCAGCUUGCAAGAAAGAGGGGCUCCGGCACCCGAGUGGGACCGCCAGAACGGCUCCAGCUGCAGGCAAGGUGGCCCCGGCGACUCCCUCGGCGGAGCCCGUGCCCCCCGCUCCAGCGCCCGGUCCGAGACGGAGAGGAGGCAGGAAGGGGCUGCUGCUGGGCGCGAAGGUGCGGGUGGGGGGCUCGGAGUUCAGCGGCCACCGGCUCCAGGCCUACGGCCUCAACCCCAAGCGCCUGCGCUACCGCCAGCUGCUCCGGGAGAGACAGAAGAAAAAGCAGAAGCCGCCCAGUCAGGCCGGUGGAGCCAAGUGACACGAGGAGAACUGUUCUGCCCGCCCUGGGGCUGAGAGCAACACCACUCGGACCCCCGGAGGGAAGCAAUUGAUGCUGUCCCGAUGGCGCUCUGUCCCAGCUCCUGUGCUGCAAGGAAGGCUCCGUGAGCGGCGGGAGGAAUGCGCGGGUUCUUUUGUUACUCUGAUAAAUCCCUCUGAUCUCCUGCCACGUCUGCACCUUGGUUUGGGCCACUUGUUUUCUGAUUUCUGCAUCUGGCCCUCCAGUUGUUGGUACCCAUUCAGCAAAGCUGUGCUUUAAGGAAGAGCACAUGUGGUUUCACUCAGAUUUGUUCAAGGAAGGCACUACUC